GUAUUGAACAAAAAAUCCAAGCCAAACCAUACGCAUGCAGGAAACUUUUCAUCACCCGGCCUCUAUGACCUUACCCUCUUCCUACACUUUCGCUACUACAAUGAGUGGCAGUAAUGGGACCACUCCCAAUACCAUGACUACUCCAUGGAUGGACAGAAGAAUUUGGAGCAAACUCCCACAGAGGCUGCUCGAUCAUGUGCUCUCUUUUCUUCCACCGCCAGCCUUCUUUCGCGCGCGUUCUGUCUGUAAGAGAUGGUACGCGCUCUUGUUUUCUGACAGUUUUCUUGAGUUAUACCUCCAGGUAUCUCCUCACCACCAUUGGUUUCUAUUCUUCAAGCACAAAAGUACACUAAAGAGCUACAUAUAUAGGGACAGUGGUGGUGGAGAUCAGGGUACUGACAAUAGGCGACCUUGUGAAGGAUAUCUCUUUGAUCCUAAUAAUAUCGCAUGGUACCGCAUUUCCUUUGCUCUGGUUCCCUCUGGUUUCUCACCGGCUUCUUCUUCUGGUGGCUUGGUUUGUUGGAUUUCUGAUGAGGCAGGUCCGAAAAGCAUAAUCCUAUGCAACCCUAUUCUUGGUUCUGUAAUUCAAUUGCCUCUAACACUAAAACCCCGGCUCUUCCCUUCUCUUGGCCUAACUGUUAGCCCUACAUCAAUGGAUGUCACCGUCGCCGGAGAUGACAUGAUUUCUCCUUAUGCCGUCAAAAAUUUAACGGCCGAGAGUUUUCAUAUAGAUGGGGGUGGGUUUUACUCAAUAUGGGGUACAACUUCUUCUCUGCCAAGGCUUUGUAGCCAUGAAUCAGGUCGCAUGGUUUACGUGGAUGGAAAAUUCUACUGCAUGAACUAUAACCCAUUUAGCGUCUUAGCUCAUGAUGUUGCUGCAAAUAUAUGGAGCAAUAUUCAAGCUCCUAUGCGAAGAUUUCUGCGAUCACCAAGCUUGAUUGAGAGCAGGGGAAAUUUACUCUUAGUUUCAGCAGUGGAGAAAAGUAAGCUAAAUGUACCAAAGAGUUUGAGGCUGUGGGAGUUGCAAUCUUGUGGGACGACGUGGGCGGAAGUGGAAAGAAUGCCACAGCAACUAUAUAUCCAGUUUGCGGAGUUGGAAGGAGGAAAAGGGUUUGAGUGUGUUGGCCAUGGAGAUUUCAUUGUAAUUACGAUUCGAGGGUCGGAGAAGGCUUUGCUGUUGGAUAUUUGUGGGAAGAAAUGGCAAUGGAUUCCUCCAUGUCCCUACUCACAAGGUGGUGGAGGAGGCAAUAAUAAUGAACGAGAUUGCAGUGAAUUGCAUGGUUUUGCGUACGAGCCUAGGCUCGCUACCCCAGUUACCGGGCUGCUGGAUCAGUUGACAUCCCUCCCAUUUCAGCCUUACAAUGGUUAGGAAGUUAAAGCAAAUGGUCGCAGUCUAGCUAGCUAUGUGUAUCAGAAAAGAGGCUUCGAAGUGGACAAUUAAUAUACUAUGUUUAGUAUGCAUGCAGUUGUGUAAUGCCCUCUAAAUAAUUCUAUCUGCUUUAUUUAUGUCCUCUCUCAUGUGUCAUAUGAACUAUGAAGAGCUAGGUAGUAGUGUUUGCGUCGUCUUUAAGAGUUUUCUUGAAAUUUGCUUUGAAUUUCAAUCUUGGCUUACUUUUUUA